GAUAUUUAUCUUUGCACUUUGUAUUCAGUGCUAGCUUUUUCGAUGUCAUUGACUUCUUCUACGGAUUGAUAAAACUUGGGGCAUUCAACAAGCUAAGAAUCCAUUGUUCGGCAGUCGCUCAGCCCUACCAGGGGUUCCCCGCAAAAUACCCCACAUUAAACCGGCAAGACCCGCGCUGCCGUCAUGGAGAACAGGGAAGACCUGACGUCCGGCGACUUCAUUCCUUUUGAACACAAUCCUUUCAGAACUGGCAAGAUGACUUCAUCACUUCUGCUGUGGCGGCACGACAUGUUUGUUCUCCAACCUUCAAGAAUCUCGAACUUCCAACCCAGUUGUACCUACCAGCCAGUUGCCCUGAACGCUGACAGAUCAGCUCGUACACCUGAACCCACUCGGUCGUCUUCCUAUCACUACUUUGCAUACCGCGGCCGCAUGGGUGACGGCCGCCGGCGCUCUUGA